GCUCAGCGUUGCGUGGCGUUCAGUUCUUUUUUAAACGGUGCGCGGUGUAAUUCUAAUUCGAUUGAGUAAUAGCUCAACUCGCAACGCAUCAUCGCACGUUUUAGCGUACUAAGUUUAAUUUGUACACGCAAAAAACUACAUUACUAGAAGAAAAUUGCACACAUAGGUCCAAGCCUAUUCAUGCGUGUUUGAAUUACUGGAACCAACGGUUGCUCUAAAUAUACACACCCUAAUUGACUUUUUGCUAUAUGUUCUCAAACAAAAAAAGUUAUAAAACUGCCAAAAACCCCAAACGCAAACUUCUUUAUUUGAACAAAAAAAAACUGCUGUUUACUACUGAAAAACACUUUAAAUGCAAGCUUCACCUAUCAAUUUUUCCAACAAACGUGCCAAACUCAAAGUCUUCCUUUCUUCCAGCAAACAAUAGUGCCUUAAAUUUUACUUAUAAUUAGUAAUAAAGUAAAAUUCACAACCAAAAACCAUUAACCUGAACUAGCAGAAUACAGAAAAUCAACCAACUAUGCGUUACAAAUGAAAAACAACAACAAAGAAAAAUCACUAUAACAUAUGUACAAAUUAUAUACAAUAAAAAUGUAUUGGGCUGAACAUAAUAAAUAUGCUGUGAAGUUGCAGUAAAAGUGUUCUUGAAGAUUGCUCGAGUUAAACGAAAAUCAGAAACACACACACAUACACAUAUACAUACACAAUCAAAAAUUCAGAACAAAGAAACAAAAUUUUCCAAUUAUUAGUUUACAAAUAAAUAAAUGAAUCAGAAAACAUAUCACAAAUCUCAGUAUAAAUGUAACCAAGAAUACCACAAAAUAGUUCAAUUGGCUCACCAACACACCCACACAUUGGAUUACUUUUAAUUGGAUUACAUUGGAUUUAUAUACCAAAAUUUAUUGAAAAUAAGUCGAAAGAGAAAACCUACACGCUGGCUUACAACAACGACGAGAGUUCAGUGCAAGAAACCCUCUCACAACUGGAUUACUACGCAUAUUGGUUGACACACUGUUUGGGAAGAUACCACACUGACCAAGGAGCUAUGGACCAGCAAUUCUGCCUACGCUGGAACAAUCAUCCGACGAACCUAACUGGCGUGCUAACCUCGUUGCUGCAGAGGGAGGCACUAUGUGAUGUGACGCUGGCAUGCGACGGUGAAACAGUCAAGGCACAUCAAACCAUUCUAUCAGCAUGUAGCCCAUAUUUCGAGACAAUUUUCCUGCAAAACCGCCAUCCACAUCCUAUCAUCUAUUUAAAAGAUGUCAGAUACUCAGAAAUGCGCUCCCUGCUAGACUUCAUGUACAAAGGCGAAGUCAAUGUCGGUCAGAGUUCGCUGCCGAUGUUCCUCAAAACAGCGGAGAGUCUACAGGUUCGUGGUCUAACGGACAACAAUAACCUCAACUAUCGCACGGAACACCGUGAUUCGCCCAUAUCCUCGCCCACCGGCCGUAUACCGUACAGUAGUGGCGGUCUCGGUGGUGGCGGUAGUGGCGGUAGCGAAUGUGAGCCACGCGAACGCGAUCAACAGUUACGUGGCCGCGGUACUGAACGCGAAAUGCGUGACGAAAUGCAUUCACAUCGCAGCAGCAGCAGUUUGAGCGAACGUAAUGCCGCUGCAGCAGCAGCAGCUACCACUGCAAAUGUGGGCAGUGUGAGUGCUAGUCUACAAUCUGCAGCAGCAGCUUUGGGCUUAGGAGAACGUUCGCCAAUCACAGCGGCCGCAAUGGCUGCCGCAGUAGCGGCUGCGGCCACACGCAGUGCCAGCGCCGAUCCGCUCGGUGGUUCAACGAAUACAGCCUGUUCCGGCGGCACUAUCAGCGGUGCUGGUGGCAUAUUGAAUAGUCGCAACAGCGAUGCGAAUAGUGAGCGCAGCGUUAGUGGUGGCGGUGGUGCUGGCAAUGGGGGCAACUGUGGCGAUCGUAGCAGCAGCAUUGGUCGCGAACGCGCCGAUAGUCGUGAUGAACUCAUGCAGCUAGACUAUAGUAACAAGGAUAACAGAGAUCGUGAUAGGGAGAUGUCCACCACGCCGGUGGACCAUAUAGGUAGUAAUAAGCGAAGACGUAAGAACUCAUCCAACUGUGAUAAUUCGUUGACCUCGACGCAUAACGCAAAUGUACAGGAUAGGCACUACACACAGGAUUCUCAGGCAUCCUCGCGCAGCAAUUUUAAAUCGAGUCCCGUGCCAAAAACUGGCAGCACGUCUGAAUCGGAGGAUGCCAUCAUCACAGGUAUUAACGAACGGCGUGAUUCACCACUUUCCGUCAGUCAAUUGAGUAUCAGUGGUGGCGGACUAGGUGGCGUAGGUAGCGGCAGUGUUAGUGCGAUUCCCAGUAGUAUUGGUCUCAGUCAUGCGCUUAGUAUUAAACAAGAAUUAAUUGAAGCACAGCAACAGCUGCAACAACAACAACGUGAGACUCAUGUACCUUUGCCAACCGAAUACUUGCCGCCCGGUGCAUUGAAGCUACACUCCGAGGAAAUGUCUCAACUAUUAUCCUCACAUGGCCUACAGCAAGAGAGUCGAGAAGAUCAGAACGAUGGUAAACAGCUACCACUGGAUCAGUCGGAUAACAUUGAUGGGCAAUUGGGACGUCACCAUCUAUCCGUUACGCCGCUAUCGACUACAUCAUCCGGUUCACCGCCGCCGCCACCACCACCACCGCACGCGCUCACCAUGCAUCUGAGUGCCGCGUUAAAAAACGAAUACCAUCAAUUCGACAUAAUACGCGCCGGCGGUGGCAAUCACAACACUAACGGCGGCCCACCAUCGCAUCUCUACAAUCAAACGUCUCCGGGAGGUUUAGGCAACGGUCCAGGUGCCAAUAGCGCCAUCGUACACAAUUCGCAUCAUCAAAUGUCCUAUCACAAUAUGUUUACGCAAUCACGCGAACCGGGUACAAUGUGGCGUUGCCGUUCCUGUGGCAAGGAGGUUACCAAUCGAUGGCAUCACUUUCACUCGCACACCGCCCAGCGCUCACUAUGCCCCUAUUGUCCGGCCACCUACAGCCGCAUCGACACGCUGCGCUCUCACCUGCGGGUGAAACAUCCCGAGAGAUUACUCAAAUUGAGCCCAACAUUGUAAGUAGCGCAGCAGCGACAGCAUUAAGCGACGAUGACGCCACAAAAGAGGCUGAACUGAACUGCUCCACUGAAAAAAGUUGUAUAAACAAUUCUAUACAAACCCAUGUGUACGUAUGUAUGCAUACAAUUUUGAAACACAUACAUACAUACACAUUUUUAUUCAAUAGCUCAAGUGGUGUAAUAAGUGAAAUUGAAAUGUGCACAUAUAUACAUAGAUACUUAUACAAUUCAAAUAUAUACCAGCAAUAGAGGCAAUGAGACAUAAUGUACACACGCAUACAUAUAUGUAUAUAUGAAAACGCCAAAAAUUCAUAAAAAGCUGAAAAGAGUCUGUGUAAAUAUAUAUGUACAUAGAGUUACUCACAGCAGCAGCAGUGUUGUUGAGCAGGAUAAGUGAUCUUUUUCAUAACGGUUGAGAGGCUGUUAGGUGGCAGCCAACAAUACAACGGACCAACAGACCUGCCUUUGUGUUGGCUACCUUGCAACUUGAAAUAAUUAAUGCGCUAUUUGCCAACAGCAAGUCAACACGCAGCCACCGAGAUCUAGCGAGCGCCAACUGUUCCACCAAAAAAGCAGACAACUAAAUAAGCGAGCUCUAUUGUCAUUCGCUUUCACAUAUGUACAAUAUAAAUAUAUGAUUGCUACUAUUGAUAUAAUUAUUAUUACAUACAUACAUACAUAAAUAUAUGCUUAGAUGCAUGCUUAAAUAUUAUUAAAUAGAUUUUGUAACUCAAUACCUUUUAGCGGUGUACUAUUUCAUGUGCUAAUCGGCGAUCAUAAUAAGUGUCUCCUAUUAAAUUUAUGUGUACAUAUAAAAUAUAUAUAUACAUACCUAUAUGCAUAAAUGAUAGCAAUUAAAAACUAAACUGAGAAAACUACAUACGCGUAAUUUUAAUAUCUUGUUAGGGUCUCCUGUUUCUUAAGGAUAUAAGUCUGUAAACUUUUUAUUAGAUUUUAAAAAUUUAUAUUUUUAAAAGAUUUCAUCGAUAUUUUCAAGUGAGUUUUCAAAUGUUUAUUAUUACACACCAUUCAAAAAAUCUAAACUGCAAGGAAUCGUGUAGAGUUUGUAAAAAAAUUUUAAAAAUUCCCGUAGAUUAUUUAUAUAGCACCCACUAAAUGUAAGCAGAUUUUAUAUGUUAACGCGCUUCUUAAAACUUUUUGAUGUAUUUUAACCCUAAAAUUGCCCUCGAUAUGUAUAACAACAGCGAUUGCUUUAAAUAAAAUAUAACAUAUUAAUAUGUAUUUAGACAACACAAAAUAUUAAAGAAAAUGUUUAGUGUUUGAAGCACCUCUAAUGUACUCUAAAAACAACAAAACACAAAUAUGUACGUACAUACCUACAUUUGUCAAGCACUUUAGCAAUAGCCUAACUAAAGAUGAUCCUUUAAAAAUGUCUCUUCAUACUAGACGGUUAGGUAACAUUUAAAAUCAAUAAAAUUUUUAAACAUCUAAAGAGUAUUAGAAAUUAACUAAUAUUUUACUAUUACAAUCUUAAUCUGCAUUCAACAAUUCUCAAUAUUAAAAUUUUCAAAUGGAAAAUAACAAACAAGACUAUGCAAAUAUUAGUGUUAAUCACUUUUUAAAUAAAUGAAAAAAAAAUUUAAAGCAUAAUUCAGUACAACAAUAAAAAUUAAGAAACUAUUUUAUUAGAAUCAUUUUUAUUGUUUUAAUGUUACCAUAUUUUCGACAAUUCCUAUCGUCAUUUUUUCAACAAAAAUCCGUUAUUUGGAUUUUGUAGUUUUUAUUUUAUUAUUAUUUUUUUUUGUGUGACUAUCUUCCUCUUGUUUUAGAAGUAAUCCUAAAGAAUUGUGUGCUUGUAUGACUAAUGAAAUAAUCUAGAAAUGAAUACCAUUGAGUAAGAAGUAAAAACACAAAUGUUUCUCAUAAAAAUUGGAAACACUUCAAAUUCAAAAUAUAAUUGUUUCGGAACUACGGUAAGGAAAUAUAUAUUUAAAAAAAUAAACAUAUUUAUUUAUAAACCACUGGUUUCGUCUUACUCAGUUGCUUAUAACUAAAAGAACUUUAUUUCGUUUUAAGUUUCUCAAAAAAUAAAACAAAAGUAAACAGUUUUCACAUGUUAAAAACGUUAUCAAAUUCAAAUCGUCUACAACUUUCUCUUUAACCAUUUUAGUACCAUUUUCUUAGCCUAAUUGCUCGCAUCCAAUAGAUGGCGCCAGCUCCAUCACGAAUAAUUAAACUAAAAUAAAAAUCAGCGGUUUCACAACAGGCAAUUGUUAACAAACAAAAUUGAAGAAAUGUCAUAAUCAAAAAUAACCAAAAAUUUGCAAAACAACACAACCAAAAAGGUUAGCAUAAGCUAAAAAUUGAAGUGUAAAACAUAGAGAGAAUCAUCUGAAAUAUGAAAUUAAAUAUACAUAUGUAAGUGAAAUGUCUAGAGAAUAACCGAGGAGCAAAGCAAAAGAAAUGAGCGGAAAUUAAAAAAAAACUUACUACUUCAAUAAAUAGUACUACUAUGAUAAGUAAAAAAUAAGGAACAUAACAAAAAAUUAUUAAACACAAAAUUUGACAAAAUAAUAAAAUUAAAUUCACUAAAGUGUUUUAGAGGCGUAAAAUUUGGUUUCUAAUACAUGUACUUGAGACUAUAUAAAUGUAAAGCGCAUACCUUCAUACUAAGAUUUACUGAAAAUCUUUGUGCUCAAACAAUUUGAAUGCAAUUAGCAGUAAUAUUGGGUUAUUUUUAUGAAUAAUAUAUUCAAUGCGCUUUGUGCAGAACUUGCUCGGUGUGAAUCAAUUUUUAAUAACACAAAUUUUACAAUAAAAUUAAUAAAAAUAUAAUUGUUUUAGCGCCAAGCUUAAAAUACUAUAAAAGAGUGUACAUAAGUAUAUAGAAAGUAAGUAAAUGAAAUAUAUUCACGAAGUGUUUAAGAGUCUACACUAAAUAUUGCACAACACUUAUUCCUUAAUUAAUUAGUUACUCGCUACGUUAGAUGUAGUGAUGCUCGCUACUCAAUCGACGAGUUACCCAUCCUACCACCUCAUUACAAUUACUUGUGUGGGAGUGAGCACGGAGAGUAGUUACGAAGUAAUGAUUGCUCGUGCCCUACAGUCUGUUAAUUAGAUAAACUUUCAUUUGUGUAAUUAUUUGUAAAUUUUGUGCCCUUUAGAUGCUUACAACAAAAGCAAUUACAAUUAAUUUGGGCUUUCUUUAAAGUUAUGCUGUAAUGUAUUUAGUAAUUUUAAGUGUUUUAAUUUUUAAGUUAAACAAAGCAAAGAUUAUUUUGCAGCAACUACAAACAAAAAUCAAUAUACCUCAAAUGCAUUUCAAUUUUAAUAAAUACUUACAUAUACUUUUAAAAAUUAAAUGUGUGAAAGUAGCUACUAAAUAUACUAUAUAUCAUUAGUUACAUAUGUGCUAUUAUAUUAUGUAUUGUGUUAAGUUAGUGCAAAUACAAACUGAAAAGCAAAAAAGUGUUCUGUGUAUUUUAGGUUUUAAAUUUUUAACAUAUAAUUUUGCUUAAAUAUUAUUAGAAAUAUUAAAUCACUUUUCAUAUUAAAGCUUAUAUAAAAGUGAAAAGCAGUUUGUAAAGUAAAAUUCUUAUUAAAAUAAAGCAUUGAACUCUGUCUGGCAACACAGUUCGCAUAUAGAUUUGUAUGUCUAUGUGUAGUUAGCAUUUAUAUGUAUUCCGCUUGUUAACAAAAAAUUACAAAAAAAUAUUAAUAAAUAAAUAUGAAACAGUUCGGUUAUUGUUAAGCGAUUAUAACUACUUUUGUGCAACCAAGCUGGUCUUUUUCACCAUUUACAUGCUACUUCAUGAAUUACAGUUGUUUAUGGUUGUAAUUAACUUAAUUUUAGCUGAUAGUUUUUAAAUUUAAAUUUUAAGUGCCAAUUUGCUGCAAACGCUUCACUGUCAAAGCAGUGUGAAAAGAAAAUACGUUUAAACACAGUCCGAAUGGCAAGCGUAAUGUGCACUCGCUAUAAAGAAUCCUAUUUUUAUGAAGAAAAACAUAUAUAUACCUAUGAACUAAGUUGGUUAUUAUAUAAUUACUUACACAUACACACACACGUUUACAAAUAUGUAUAAAAUAUUAGCAUAUGCAAACAUUUUAUUGCACAACUUUUUAGUUUACACGCGUGUCUAAAAAAUCAUGUUAUUUUGCUUCUUUAUUAUUAUAAUUUUUUCGAUUUUAAGUUUUGUUUGUAACUUUGUAUAAGAUUUUUUACGUUUCAAAAUUAUAAUUAAAACUUAUCAAUAAUAUAAACGUAAUUGAAGAGAAAACAAAUCAAAUUAUAUAAAAAUUAAAAUUAACGGAAAUUUAUGUGAAAAACAUUUAAUUAAAAAAAUCGGCGUUAAUGCUGGACAUUGAAGUUUUGUGAUAUUCAAAAUUAUUAUUUUUGGAAAUAAGUUUAGUUUUAAAAUAAUGAUUUAUUGUAGAAAUCACAUUGAAAACUCAUUUAAAGCAUUUCGAAAAAUUGUUCAUGUGAUAUUUUCGGUAUCAAAAGCACAAUAAAAAUACCUAAGUAACGAAAAUUAACAGAGUGGUCACUAUUCUGAAUCUUUAAUAGCAAAAAAACAAUAAAACAAAAUAGCAAACAAAAUUCCCUUUCGGCUCUCGUCCUUAGCACAAAAUGUCAAGCAUUAAAAAUAUUUAUGUAAGUCGUAAUAAGUAUAUUUCUAAACAUUUGAAAUCUGUAAAAAUGUUAUAGUCAUCUAGUAAAUAAAAUUUUAAGUAAUGUACUUUUGUUUUUAACGUUUUAGCUGUUUAUGAUUUAAUUUUUAAUAUUUUUUAAUUUUUGCUUUUCAUUAAUUCUAAUUUGUUUAUAGGUUAUAUGUUAAAAACGAAAUUUGUGUAUUCAUUUUGUUACAAUAAACUACAAAAUUUAUGUACCAAAAAAUGUUUAAAUAAAAAAUAUUACAAAAAAAAUUAUCUUACUCUUUGUUUCUUACCUAAGAUUUGUUUUUAGGUUAUGUCGUACCAAUCAAUAAUGCUUUUUCCAUCAAUUAACAGAUUCUUUUAUUUAUUUAUUUUCUUUUUUGUUGUGUAAGAUACAACAUUUUUUUAUUUUUACAAACUGUUGUUGCUUGCAGGCAGCUAUUGAAUAUUACACAUAACCUCAAAUAGUUUAAAAUGAUUUGUACUCAAAACAAUAGCAGCUAUAAAACUGGAUAAGGCUUAGUAUAUUUUAUUUUUUGUAAAAUUAACUUUAGCAGGUUUGAAGUAAGGUAUUAAAAAAUAGUAUACCCAAUAAAAAUAUGUGAACAGAAUGGGCAGCAAAAAAUGUGAAUGAAAAGUAGUGAGUUUUUAUUUUUCAACUUUUGCUUAAAAAGUCAUACUUCUUAUGGAUAAUUACAAAUAUUUAUAUAUUCUUGUAUAAUAUAUAAUAUGGUUGCAACCCAGUUUUUCAAUAUAUAUUUGUAUGUCUUUAAACCAGAAGAACCAGUGUUUCACCCACGAAAGAUCGCAAAACAAAAAAUAUACAUACAUAUAUAAUACAUAAAUAAAUUUUGCAUAAAUAUCUACAUACAACUUUGGUGUAUGCAAAUAUCGAGCGAAACGUCAUUGCUCAACAAAUAAGGUAUUUUUCUUUGAUAAAAAAUACAAAUAGUACAUUGAAAUAUAUAACAAAUUAUUUGCUCCUCCUUUAUGUAUGAAUAUAAACAAGAUUUAGGCAUUUACAACUACAUAAACAUAUGCAAAUUAUAGAAUAGAAAAACCACUUUUUAAUGAAAUAUUGAAGGAAAAUAUGCAUAACAGCAAAUAAAUUUCGUAUCUAGCUUAAAUAAAUCUAAAAAUAUAACUAAUUGAGUAUUUCAUACUUGCUAUAAAAAUAUUUACUCGCAAUAUUAUAUAAUAUAUGUUGAUAAAAAUGAAUAUGAACUCAAAAAGGUGUUAAAAAGAGCGUUUACUGAAACGAUCAAAAUACAAAAAUGUAAUGUAAAAUUGGAGCAUAUAGAUUUUGCGAACUUAAUACAUGCAUGCCUACAUUCUACGAGUGCAUUCUCACAUUAUUGCUUAUUUAUAUGAAAGAAAGCAAAUUCACAGGAAAGCAUUUUUAUUGUAAAAUAUUUACAUAUACAUACACUAGUAUAUUCUAGUAAAAAAACCAAACAAAAAAAUACUCUAUUUCUUAUGUGUACUUUCGAAAUAAAAUAAGUCUACAUUAAUAGUAAUGGUAACGAAAAUAUGAUUCCAAAAUGCUAUAAGCGUGAAUAAAUCUGAAAAUAUACAAAGGAGAAAUAAUAAAA